UCUCUUGCUUAGUCAUGGUGACUUAUGCUCCCAUUUUCUCCUCCUCCUCCUUCCCUAUCCCUCCUCCUCCUCCUCCUCCUCCAUUAUAGCAGCAGCAGGGACCUCAGCAGUGGCGGCUGCCUGCAUUAUUAUGGAGGGGGAACAGUGGAGGAGCAAGAGGAGGAGGAGGAGGAGGAAGAAGACCCAGCUGGACAGAGGAAGAGGAGGAGGAGGAGGAAGGGAAAGGGUGGAAGAGGAAGGGAAGGGGCAGCAGCAGCAGCCCUCCAGGGGUGUGGAGUCUUUGCCGUGUGUCAGAGCUGUGUAGUCAGCCUUCCAGCCUAGCCUGGUUCUGCUGCUUUCUUGCUUUCUUUUCUUCCCCUUUGUUCCUUUAUGCAAUGAGUGCAGGGCUGCUUUUGUGAUGUACUCCCCAGAGUGCAAGGCGGAGGUGACUCCCUCUCAUGAUGGCAACCGGAACUUCAGCUACACGCUGGAGGACCACACCAAGCAAGCCUUCAGCAUCAUGAACCAGCUGCGCCUGAGCCAGCAGCUUUGUGACGUCACCUUGCGGGUCAAGUACAAAGACAUUCCCCCAGCUGACUUCCAGGCCCACAAGGUAGUGCUGGCUUCCUCCAGCCCUGUCUUCAAGGCCAUGUUCACUAAUGGCCUCCGGGAGCAGGGCAUGGAGAUAGUCCCUAUUGAAGGCAUACAUCCUAAAGUCAUGGAGCGCCUCAUUGAGUUUGCCUACACUGCCUCCAUCUCAGUCGGCGAGCACUGUGUACUCCAUGUCAUGAAUGGGGCUGUCAUGUACCAGUUCGACUGUGUGGUCAAAGCCUGCUGUGACUUUCUGGUGACGCAACUGGACCCCAGCAAUGCCAUUGGUAUUGCCAACUUCGCUGAGCAGAUUGGCUGUACCGAACUGCACCAGCGGGUGCGAGAGUACAUCUACAUGCAUUUUGAGGAGGUGUCUAAGCAGGACGAGUUCUUCAACCUUUCGCAUUGCCAGCUGGUGACCCUGAUUAGCCGGGACGAGUUGAACGUGCGCUGCGAGUCAGAAGUCUUCCAUGCCUGUGUCAACUGGGUGAAGUAUGACUGCGAGAAUCGCCGACCUUACAUCCAGGCCCUGCUCAAAGCCGUUCGCUGCCAUUCGCUCACACCACACUUCCUCCAGAUGCAGUUGCAGAAGUGCGAAAUCCUCCAGUCAGACUCACGCUGCAAGGACUACCUGGCCAAGAUCUUCCAGGACCUCACCUUGCAUAAGCCCACCAAGGACAUGCCUUGCCGGGCACCUAAAGUGGGCCAGCUCAUCUACACAGCUGGGGGCUACUACCGGCAUUCUCUCAGCUACUUGGAGGCCUACAAUCCUUGCAACGGCUCCUGGAUCCGGCUGGCUGACCUCCAGGUACCCCGUAGCGGCUUGGCUGGCUGUGUGGUAAGCGGGCUCUUCUAUGCAGUGGGUGGGAGGAACAACUCCCCCGAAGGCAACAUGGACUCCAACGCUAUUGACUGCUAUAAUCCCAUGACCAACCGAUGGUCUCCUUGCACCCCAAUGAGUGUGGCCCGGAACCGGAUUGGCGUGGGGGUGAUUGACGGGAUGAUCUACGCCGUUGGCGGUUCAUUUGGGAGCAAUCAUCACAACAGCAUGGAGAGGUACGAGCCAGAGCGGGAUGAAUGGACCUUAGUGGCACCCAUGCUCACACGACGGAUUGGUGUGGGGGUGGCUGUGCUGAACCGCCUCUUGUAUGCGGUGGGUGGCUACGAUGGCACUUCCCGCCACAGUUCAGUGGAGUGCUACUACCCUGAACGGGACGAAUGGAAGAUGAUUGCUCCGAUGAAUACCAUCCGGAGUGGAGCAGGGGUUUGUGCCCUGAAUAACUGCAUCUAUGCCAUGGGAGGCUAUGAUGGUACUGACCAACUCAACAGCAUGGAGCGUUAUGACGUGGAGACAGGAAGCUGGUCCUUUGUCGCACCCAUGAAGCACCGUCGGAGCGCCCUUGGGGUCACUGUGCACCAGGGCAAGAUCUAUGUGCUGGGUGGCUAUGAUGGCCAGACCUUCCUGGAUAGUGUUGAAUGUUAUGACCCUGCCACUGAUACUUGGAAAGAGGUAACCCACAUGACUUCAGGUCGUAGUGGUGUGGGAGUGGCUAUCACAAUGGAGCCAUGUUGCAAGCAGACUGACGAGGAGCAGUGCCAUUGUUAAGGGCAGCAAAGGUUGCGCCGAGUUUCCCUUAAGAUGGAGGAAGGAAAGGAUAUUGGAGCGGAUUCAGUAUUAUGACAUGCCAAGGCCUGUUCUGCCAGAAUCAAGGAAAAGUGCCAAGGACAGGUGAAAUUUCAAGCUCCAGUCUGAACUGUUUGUGAGUUAAUCGUGGAAACGAGCACCUCCUAUUCUGUGCUUUAGCUGAUUUAUUGCUGCCUCUCCAACUUGGCCUAGCUUAGUUCUGAGCUUAGGCAAUGAGGCAACAACUAAGAAGGAACACGUCUUACAAGAACUGCAGAAGAAGAACUGAUGCUCAUUGCACACGUCUCUUCUGAUCUUGCCAAUCAGUAGAUUGGCAAGGAAUAAUCUAAGGAAUCUUUUGAAUGGAUGAGUGGGAGUAUCUUCUACAUAGACCAUUCCUUGCUUAUUUUAAAAUCUGUGUCGUGCAGACGUUUUGACAACCAAUUCAGUUUUGGAUGUGUCUGAAAUUCUUUCUUUAUCCUGUUGCCACUGACAAAUUCCUGGAAAAUUUGUCAGGGUGAACAAACAAACAAAGCUGGGAGGUGCAGGAUCUGUUAUGGGUUGUUCUUCUGGGACUAAUGAUCUGCAGGUAAGUGAAUAUAAACCAACAAGAGGCAGUGGUUGAAAUGGGCUCUGCCCUAAGCUUUUGUAUUAAGCUGUGGGAAAGCAUUCACCCUGCAUUGAUUUUUCUUACCCAUCAGUGGCGCAGCCUCCCAGCAGACAUACUGGGGCAAAGAUAACUUGGUUUUUUGAAUUACACUUCUCACAUGAAUAAAACACUUUUUUGUGGUUAGUACUAAAAA